AUGAGGCUCCCAGCUUGGAUUCUUCUCCUCCUGGAGAUGCUGUUUCCCUCAACUGCCCAAGGAAGAAUACUCCGCUUCGUUACGCUGGUUUAUCGCCAUGGUGACCGAUCUCCCCUCAGCACCUACCCUACAGAUCCCCACAAAGCAGCAGCUUGGCCACAUGGUUUCCAGCAACUGAGUGAGGUGGGCGUUUUGCAACAGAAGGCCCUGGGGCAAUUCCUCCGAGAGAGAUAUGCUGGAUUUUUGAGCCCUUCCUACAAACCACAAGAAAUCUAUGUCCGCAGCACAGAUUAUGACCGCACCAUCAUGAGUGCCCAAGCCAAUCUGAUGGGACUUUAUCCAAAUUCACAUCCGGAAAUUCCUUGGAAACCUGUUCCCAUCCACACUGUGCCUACUAAGUAUGACAAACUUUUAAAACCACCAACCAGAAGUUGCCAACGAUAUCAACAAUUGAUGGAAGAGACUAUUAAUUUGCCAAGCUAUCAAGCUAAAUUGAGAGAAUGGAAGGGCUUUAUGGAAAAAAUGGCUAAUUAUACAGGGCUUAAAUCUGAGCAAUUGACCCUGAGAGGCCUCUGGAAGGUGCAUGACACACUCUUCUGUCAGAAAACCCAUAACAUGACUUUGCCUAGAUGGGCUACACCACAGGUUUUGACAACUCUCUCAGAGAUAGAAGUGUUUAACAUUGAAGCCCAUGUGGGAAUGCAUGCUACCCAGGAGAAGGCUCGAUUCAUUGGAGGUUUGCUGCUGGGCGCUAUUUUGAGCAACUUUUCCAAAAUGGUGUGCCAGGAUCUGCCUCUUAAGAUGAUAAUGUAUUCUGCUCAUGACAGCACCUUGAUUGCUCUCCAGGCAGCGCUCGGGGUUUACAGUGGCCGUCCACCACCCUAUGCAGCUUGUCAUGGAUUCGAAUUCUACCAAGAAGGCAAUAACUCUUUCAGCGUUGCCAUGUUCUACCGCAACAGAAGUGACCAGAGGCCCCAUAUCCUACCUCUGCCUGGCUGCCCCACACCUUGCCCAUUGCCACUGUUCAUUCAUCUCACCCGUAUAGCUGUCCCAGAGGACUGGGAUGCCGAGUGCCAAAAUCCUCAGAGUGGUCCAGGGUGUGCAGUGAUAGCCCUGGCUACAACAGUAGGUGUGCUGAGCGUGGCACUGAUUGGCAUGGGUGUCUUGUACUGGAGAAGGUGAUAAUGAAGAUAAGUUGAAUGGCAACCAUCCAACGCCCAUGGAGUAAGCAGCAAACUGCCUUUUUGUAAUUUUUUUUUUAAAAAAAUGUGGUGCAAUGCAGCCAUCUCGGGACUUCUCAUCUGCCUUACUCAGCUAGCAUUCUAAUUGGGAGACCGUGCCACGGGGGGAGUUGACACCAACUUUGUGCCAGGCAGUUCCUAACCAACAGCUACCUGGAGGUCAACAUCAGCAGGAAAUUCAGCACGGGGUAUUACUAGGGAAAGGGCAGCACAGCGCUCAACUGAAAUGCAUUAUAAAUUUAUGGCACAAUGACUUCACCUACAUGCCCUACUCUCGAAAUUCCUUGUACAUCAGUGGUUCUCAAACUUUUUAAUGUCGCAACCCCCAACCGGUCGUAAGUCAAGGACUACUCAACCGGUCAUAAGUCGAG